CCAACACCGGCAUUAACUGGAAAAGUGGAGCAUGUACACAAAAAUUAUUUCAGAUUAAGUAGAUAUAUAACAAUUUUUUUCAAUCUCGCUGUUAUUUCUCAAAAAUGAAUCGACUUGCAAGUUCAAGACUGUUUCUCCAAAAUAAUAGGAAACUGUUUCAAGCUCUCGUUGCAAGAUAUAGCGUUGACACUGGCAGUAAAGAUUAUAUUGAUGGGUUGGUCAAGGACAGCAAAGUUGUUGUUUUCAUGAAGGGCACUGCUGAUCAGCCUCGGUGUGGAUUUAGUAAUGCAGUUGUACAAAUACUAAACUUUCAUGGUGUGAACAACUUUACUGACCAUAACGUAUUAGAUGAUGAGACGUUAAGACAGGGUGUGAAGGAUUACAGUAAUUGGCCGACUAUACCUCAAGUUUACAUUGGAGGAGAGUUUAUAGGAGGGUGUGAUGUUAUGUUAGAAAUGCACAAAAAUGGAGAACUUAUAGAAGAACUCAAAAAAGUUGGAAUAAGAUCUGUACUUUUAGACAAGAUAGAGGAAGAAAAUAAAGACAAAUAGAGCCAGUUUGAUAUUAUUGUUAUCAUGUUUUAGUUUUAUACAUUGUGGCUGUUCUUUGACAGUCCUGUAUGUUAGUUUUGAUCAAUUUUUCAGAUGAUCCAACAAUUUUGAAAAUAAAUUAUCAAAUUUUCUUUUUUAUAUGUUUUUUCAUAGCAAAAUAUCUUGAUGUUUUCAAAUGAUCGUUUAACAACUUUCCAGUCUGUUAAUGAUUGCAAUGCAGUCUCAGAUGCAAGAACAAAGACCUACAGUUAAAAUGUGGAAAAGUUUUCAUGCUAAAGCUGACAUGCAAGGCUUUUGAAAAACAGAAGUUAUGAAUCAUGAGAAUUGUUUUAAGUUGUGGAGGAGGGGCUGAUUGUCAGUUUUACAAAAGAGGAGGAGGAGUUGUUGACAAAAUUAGUUAAUGCGGCAACACUUUAAAACAUUUUGAACAAUGAAGAUUGUAAAACUCAUGUAUGUUAAGAACAGAGACUUUUAUAUUCAUUCAGAAAUCAUGCUGCAUUGCAUUUAUCAAAUAGGAAGGAUUUAUGUCAUCUUUCUCGUGUGAAAGUUACUUUUUUUGACACAAAAACAAUACAUUGAAACUUUUUAUUGCAUUGUACAAAUAAUUAUUCACAAUUUCA